AUGUCUACCACGCCGAAAAUCCCAGAAUAUACGUCCAAGAUGCAGUCGCAUGAUGAUCGUGACUCAAGGCGCAGUGUUUUCUGGGUGGGUAAUAUUCAUUGCGCCUCCUGUGUGGCCUAUGUCACCGAAAUUCUCUCCGAAAUCCCAACUGUCAAGGAUAUCGAUGUAUCGAUCUUGACCCACGAGGUGCGGGUCACUCAUGGGAUCUCUGUGCAGCCAGCAGAUCUUGCCGCUACUUUAAUACAUGCCGCUUUCGAAGUCCACCAUGUAUCAACGUAUGACGCCCGGGGUGUGGUCGUUUCCGAACUCGAUACGACAGCUUGGAACUCGCGGGGGUCGAUGCUGUUCGCCACGCCCCGGACGUCAUAUUCCAGUCUCUCCAAUGUAAAAGGAAAAUUGCACACCAGUCGAGAGAAACGUCAUAUUGCCAACUGUGAUGCAUGCAAGAAAGAGGACACCGAUGGACUCUCUUGUCAUUCCACCCUGACCGAAACUGGGGUUCCACAUGAGAAAAUCACAUUGAAUGAGACUUGGGACACCGAUCUUGAGGCCGGUCAAGGGCAGACUGAAAAGGCCUUGGAGACUUCACCGUCUUGUUGUCAAUCACCCACUCCUACUCUUCCUACCACCAUAGCAGGGCACCGCUCUCCACAGAUUUCCCCCCAAAUAACCGACUUGUCUGAAGCAUCUUCACCAACAAUCAAAGACGAAUUUAAUGCGCGGAUCAGCAUUGGAGGCAUGACCUGUGCAUCAUGCGUUAACAGUGUCACUGCUGCGAUUGAGGAACUUGAUUGUGUCAAGGAAGUUACCGUCAAUCUUCUCACAAAUAGCGCGACAGUGGUGUUCUUUGGCCCUCGAGAAAAUGUCACAAUUGUCACCGAACAAGUCGAAGAUAUUGGCUUUGAAGCCUUUAUUGAUGAAGUGAAUGCAGUAAAUCUUCCGUCUAGCCCCGAAUUGAUCAAGACAGGCUUUGUCACUGAGAUUGCAAUCACUGGUAUGACUUGUGGAUCCUGCGUUGGAUCCGUCACUCGAGGGUUAGAGGAGCUUUCGUUUGUCACAAAUGUCUCAGUGAAUUUACUCUCACAUAGCGGAAGAGUGGAGUUCCAAGGACGAGAGAACUUGGACAAUAUUGUGGAAAAGAUCGAGGAUCUUGGAUAUGACGCCGUUGUCAGUAGUUUUCAUUCUCUAGCAGAGAGCGGCGAGACUACCAUUAACGUACAGGCGAGAACAACCUCUAUUCAUGUUGAUGGAAUGUUCUGCCAUCAUUGUCCUGAGAAAGUUCUUGCUUCUUUGGAGUCUCUUCCUAAUGUUACGGUGGAAGAGGAGCCGACGGAGAAGCACCCAAUACUCAGAGUGACAUAUACCCCAGAGUUGCCUUCUUUGAGUAUUCGAACAAUUCUCGCCAGAAUCAAUGAAGCCAACGAUGCUUUCAGCGCGACUAUUUAUCACCCGCCCAGCAUCGAAGAACGCUCUCGCGCCAUGCAAUUGCAUGAACGAAAUAAGCUAUUGCUCCGUCUAAUAUUUGUCUUUAUCGUGGCUAUACCGACCUUCCUCAUUGGCAUUGUGUUCAUGUCCCUUGUGUCCUCGCACAACUCAAUCCGACAAUACCUGGAGCAGAAAAUCUGGUCCGGCAGCGUGACUCGUACAGAAUGGGCGCUCUUCAUUAUGUCGACACCGGUCAUGUUCUUUGGUACAGAUGUAUUCCAUAUCCGAGCGAUGAAAGAAAUCCACGCGCUCUGGCGUCCAGGUAGUCGAGUACCGAUUUUGCGGCGAUUCUACCGCUUUGGCAGCAUGAAUCUCCUGAUCUCUGCAGGAACAGCAGUUGCCUACUUCUCAUCACUUGCGGUACUCAUUGUUGACGCCGUUGUGGGAAAGAAGACAAGUACAGCCAGCACAACCUAUUUCGACUCGGUUGUCUUCUUGACUCUUUUCAUUCUUGGUGGUCGAUAUUUGGAGGCGUACAGCAAAGCGAAAACAGGUGAUGCAGUCUCUUCACUGGGAAACCUCCGUCCAUCUGAGGCACUAUUGGUUCAAAACAGUGUUGUGGAUUCUGCUGAAGCAUCGGAUUCUGGUAGCAUGACCCGCGUUGCUGUUGAUCUCCUGGAAGUAGGUGAUAUUGUUCGCAUUCCACACGGCGCGUCUCCGCCAGCCGAUGGUACAGUGGUUGGCGAAGGAGCGUAUCAGUUUGACGAGAGCUCCUUGACUGGAGAGUCUCGCCCCGUCAAGAAGGAAUCUGGUGAACAGGUAUAUACUGGCUCUGUUAAUUUGGGCCAACCUGUGCAAAUACAAGUCACUGAGCUUGGCGGGUCAUCUAUGCUCGAUCAAAUCAUUGCAGUUGUGCGAGAGGGCCAGAGCAAGCGUGCGCCACUCGAGAGAGUGGCGGAUCUGCUCACAUCUCAUUUCGUUCCUGCAAUCACUUUCAUUGCCAUCCUCACGUUCGUCAUUUGGCUCGCUCUAGGUCACUCGGGCGUAUUACCUGGCGAUUAUCUGGAUAACGCACAAGGGGGAUGGACUUUCUGGAGUCUGGAAUUUGCCAUCGCAGUAUUCGUGGUCGCCUGUCCCUGUGGACUGGCUCUCGCUGCGCCUACUGCAUUGUUCGUUGGCGGUGGUCUUGCUGCAAAACAUGGAAUCUUAGUCAAGGGUGGUGGUGAAGCUUUCCAAGAAGCCAGUCGUCUCAAUGCCAUCAUCUUCGACAAGACUGGUACAUUGACCGAAGGAGGAAGCCUGAAGGUCUCAGAUCAUGAAGUAUUGAUAAAUGAUAACGACCUUCUGAAAGUCGCAUGGGCCCUCGCUCACAAGAUGGAGGAAAGCAGCAAUCAUCCAAUUGCACAAGCAAUCUCAGCAUUCUGCGAAUCGAAGUCCGACGUCAAUGUUCUUACAUCAGACAUCCACGAAAUAAGUGGCCAAGGAAUGAAAGGAACUUUCACCGUGUCCAUCGAUCAAGCAGAACAACAAUACGAAGCUGCCAUUGGCAACGAACGCCUACUCAAUAGCGUCCUACCCGAUGGAGCAGACUCUUACUUCGUCUCAAGUCUACUAUCCCGGUUCCAAACAGCCGGCAAGUCAACAGCUAUCCUGUCCCUACGUCCUGUGAAUUCAAAAUCAUCUACGCAGUCACCCUUCGUCCCCGCAGUAGUUUUUGCAACCUCAGACACCAUCCGACCGGAGGCUAUAGGCGUGAUCUCCGAACUCCAAAAACGCCAUGUCGAAGUCUUCAUGUGCACAGGCGACAACGAAAAAACCGCACACGCGGUCGCAGAUAUGCUGGGCAUCUCGCGGUCCAACGUCAUAGCCAAUGUCCUCCCAGCUGAGAAAGCUAACUUUGUCUCCCGGGUGCAUGAUGGCUCCGCAAAGGGCCCACACGACCAGCCCACAACACGACCCAUCGUUGCAUUUGUCGGGGACGGCGUGAACGAUUCCCCCGCACUUGCCGCUGCAGAUGUGAGCAUUGCAAUGGCAUCUGGAUCCGACGUCGCGAUCAAUUCUGCUAGUUUCAUUCUGCUCAAUUCGGACCUCAGCACUAUUCUCCAACUCGUUGUUCUCAGUCGGCGGGUGUUUAUGCGUGUACGACUGAAUUUUUGUUGGGCGCUGGUCUACAAUGUCUGUCUUAUUCCUGUCGCUGCUGGUGUCUUCUAUCCUAUUGUUAGUGGACACCAUCAGAAGACUGCUGGUGGGGAGUUGGUUACUGUUGAUGACCACUGGAGACUUAGCCCGGUGUGGGCUGCUUUGGCGAUGGCUUUGAGCAGUAUCUCGGUCGUAUCGAGUAGCUUGGCGUUGAGAGUCGAUAUUGAUAGUGUUAAGAAGUUUCUUGGUUGGAAGAAAUAA